AUGGUCAAGCAGCAGUCACCGCCACCUGCUGUGCUGUAUAACCUGGUCUCCAACAGUCUUCAGCUACUAAGAUGGGAGGACCUACCCUUACCGCAAGGUCGCUCACUGAACUCAUGUCGGGCCGCCUUCGGAGAGUUGCAGCGUUCAUUGCCCCAGCAUCCACCAUUCAUGCCCAAUCCUUACGGUCCACAGACACCCCUAUCUGCUCCACCACCAGGUAUGAAGCGACCUUUUACGCUCGAACCAGCGUUUCCUGGCCGUGAGAUCAGGCCGAAGCCCGUCAACCCAGGCGCAUUUGGUAUGACUCAGCUACCAUCCAGUGAACCGUCUACCAAACGCAAGCGAGGACGACCGACCAAGAAGGAAGCUGAGGAGAAAGCGGCUAAAGCCCAGGCUGCUGGAGGCAGUGAGCCACCUGGACCAGCGCCACUACAGAUUGCCACAGCUUCCACGAUGCCUGGCAGGCUCGCAACACCGACUACCUCUGCGAUCCUGCCAAGUGAGAUGACAAGACCGAUCCAAGCACCAACCACACGUAUGCCUAUCUCCGCAAUGUUGACCCCUGCGCCACAUACGGCAAGCAGCUCGAGCUCAUCUUCCGGGAAACGGAGACGAGGGAGGUCGACGCGAUCAGAUCCUGAAGGACGCGGUGGCAUGGGGAGUGCGGAACAGCAGUACGAAUCGCCGUAUGCAAGAGCGACGGCAGAUCUUCAGGAUACACCAGCAAGAGCAGCUGUGAUGCGACACAGAGAGGAUCAGCAGACACCAAUCACGUAUCCAGGUCCAAGCGGAUCAAUCGAGUCUGGAGCUGGUGCUGGUGAGGGUGCGGCGGGACCUUCUGGUAGUACAUGA